UAUAAAAUAAAUUGAUUGAUUGACUGGUUUUCAACAAGUUGCAACUCAAUGGACUUUACAAGGAGCUUGUUUCCGUCGGAUUGAGAAGAAAAAGGACUUUUAAGCUCCAUCUACCGUCAAAUUCACUACGUUGGCCAAUGUUGUUCAUACCUGGAAUACAAGUUUUCAACUCUAGUUCUCAGCGAUCAUGCUGCGAUGUGGGCGGAGGCAGCUGCCAGAGGCUCUGGAGCGCAUCAAGACAAUGUCAAUGAUUCAAGCUGCAUCUGCUCAACAAUUGAUCAAGUACAGCAGCCACCGUUCGAAAUGCGUUCCCACUCGGGCUGCUAUGCUUCUUUCAGCUCCAUGCAGCAUCAAGUGCGGUGGCGCACGCGCUGAAACACAUUGCCUGAUUGGUAGCCCGUGACGAUGCAUUCGCAGAUAGUCUUUUCACUGGGUUCAGUACUACUGCCAGCAUCAGGGGUGCGGAGCAGCUUCUCCUCGGCUGAAGCCCCUGUCAGCGGAGGUUCCUCCACAAGUGCUGCUGGAAAGUGGAAACUGUCUUGGUUUCAUCUACGAAAUGCAGCCCCACUUCCUCGCCAUUUUGACAACCCAACUUAUACACUAAGAGAAGCCUCUUCUGCACUUCAGUAUUCAAAUCCAGAGUUUGGCCAAUAUGUGUUUCCAGCCAAGGGCCAGCGUCGGUUGCGCAAGCAAUCUGUCUUUCGGAUGUCUUUAAGGGGCGAAACUAAGGGGCAGAAUCAGGGGGCCGAUGGUCCCCCGGCACAAGAUAGCUGGUACAUGGGGCUUGACUUUGGCACGUCAGGGGCGCGUGUUAUGGUGAUCGACGACGAUGGGAGCAUUCAAGCAAACGCCAAAGAGAGCUAUCCAGAGGGCGCUUCUGCUGACUGGGCCAGGGCCUGGGAGGACACACUGCAUCAUCUCCUCAGCGAUCUCCCUGCUGAUGUGAAAGCGGCCACCAGGAGUAUAUCUUUUGACGGUACCUCAGCCACUACCAUGAUUGUUGACAGGCAGUCUGGCGAGAGCCUGAGCCCGCCCUUCCUGUACAAUGCCAGCUGUCCAGAUGCACUCCCCGCAGUGGCUGCGAUGGCCCCCAAGCACCACACAGUCACCACCGGAACCUCGACGCUGUGCAAACUGGUGUCUUGGUAUUGGCACGAGCACCAGCACAAUAGGGAAGGGGGCAAGGAUAGCGUGGACGGUAUUGCGGACCGUGCCGCACUACUGCAUCAGGCGGACUGGCUCGCUUUCCUGCUGCACGGGGUGAUGGGGGUGUCGGACUAUAACAACGCGUUGAAGUUGGGUUAUGACCCUGCGCGGGAGGAGUACCCCGACUGGUUGGCCUUUCAGCCAUUCGCUGGGAUGCUACCCCGGAUUGUCGCCCCAGGAUCCGUUAUUGGGGCAGUCACGAAAGAGUUGGCCGAUCGUCAUGGCUUUCCCGAGGACUGUGUUGUGUGCGCCGGGACUACGGACAGCAUCGCCGCGUUCCUGGCAGCGGAGCCGUCACAGCCGGGCGAAGCAGUCACUUCGCUAGGUUCCACGUUGGCCGUCAAGUUGCUGAGCACUGAGCGCGUGGAUGAUGCCCGCUUUGGCAUCUACAGCCACCGCCUGAACGACACGUGGCUGGUCGGCGGUGCCUCAAACACGGGGGGCGCCGUGUUGCGGACGCUGUUCACGGACGAGCAGCUGGCAGAGCUGACCGAAAAGAUCGACGCCAGCCAGGAGUCAAAGCUGCGAUACUACCCGCUAGUCAAGCCCGGGGAGCGCUUCCCUGUCGCCGACCCGCAUCUUGAGCCCUGUUUAAGGCCGCGACCAGACGACGAUGCAGAAUUUUUGCACGGGAUCCUGGAGUCAACAGCACGAAUAGAGGGAGAAGCUUACCGUCUCCUUCAAGAGUUAGGGGCUUCCCCUCUUACCAGAGUGUACACUGCUGGCGGUGGGGCAGUGAAUGACAAGUGGACUGCAAUCCGCGCACGCGUAUUAGGAGUGCCGGUUGAGCCAUCACCACAGACAGAAGCGGCCUACGGGGCAGCUCUUUUAGCUAGACAAGGAGCCCGUCAAAGAGCGGGGUCGCAUAAGCAAAUGCAACAAACCGCCAAGUAGGCGGUCCUAAACUGUCAUUUUAGACGAUGACUUCCCAACGUGUGUUGCGCGGUUGACCUAGGUAAAUUACGAUGUAACAACAACGGCCUACAAACAACCUGUCAGUGCACUUCUAUCAACCGCACUCUGCGGACGAUGGGGAGCGCUCAAUGAGGAUCAGAAGAAUGAUCCGUCAAAAAUAAUGAGGGCACAAAAUUGGAGACAAACUAGUUGUGAGGGGGUUCGGGCAGGAAAGAAGAGCCCAAUUGUUCAGCAACACAGC